UGUUUCAUCCGAACAGCCGAUUGGCUAAUUCGGCUGCACCGAGCGAUCGAGCAGAGUCAGGAAGGAGAAAGCGGGGAAAGAAGUGCCUGUUGCCAAAAUAACAAAAACAAAACAUGUAUUUUGGAAGAAACUCGCAUCAUUUGACGGUUUAAUCGAGAUUAUUUGGCCAUGAGAAGAGUCACACUGUUUGUCAACGGAACCUCCACAAAUGGGAAGGUGGUGGCCGUGUACGGCUCCCUGGAGGAUUUACUGUCCGUGGCCAGUUCGAAACUGGGAAUAAGAGCCUCUAGUGUUUACAACGGGAACGGCGGCCUGAUCGACGACAUUGCGCUGAUCAGAGACGACGAUGUGCUGUACGUAUCGGAGGGAGACUCGUCCGAAGAUCCUCAGGAUGACCUCACAGAUCCUGAGAGGGGUCAGACUCACACCGAUUGGCUGACGCUCAACGUCGGUGGACGCUGCUUCACCACCACGAGGAGCACCCUGGUCAGUAAAGAGCCCGAGAGUAUGUUGGCCCACAUGUUCAGGGAGAAAGAUGUCUGGGGGAACAAGCAGGACGCUCAGGGGGCGUACCUGAUAGACCGCAGUCCAGACUACUUUGAACCCAUUCUGAAUUAUCUGAGACAUGGACAGCUCAUCAUCAAUGAGGGGAUCAACCCACUGGGUGUGCUGGAAGAGGCUCGGUUCUUCGGUAUUGAACAGCUGGCUGAGCAGCUGGGGACCCUCAUAAAGUCCUCCCAGCCGCCUGACGACCAUUCUCCUCUGACCCGCAAGGAGUUCAUUAGAUUCCUGUUGGCCACGACGACCAAGUCAGAGCUGCGGUGUCAGGGUCUGAACUUUAACGGUGCAGAUCUGUCCCGUCUGGAUCUGCGCUACAUCAACUUUAAGAUGGCCAACCUGAGAGGAGCCAACCUGACCCACGCCAACCUGAGCGGGGCAAACCUGGAGAGAGCAGACCUGUCCAUGGCGUGUCUCGAUGGAGCCAAUCUGCAGGGAGUGAAGAUGCUGUGUACCAACGCUGAAGGAGCUUCACUCAGAAGCUGUAAUUUCGAGGAUCCUGCUGGAAUCAAAGCCAAUCUGGAGGGGGCAAACCUGAAGGGUGUGGACAUGGAGGGAAGUCAGAUGACGGGGAUCAACCUGAGGGUGGCCACACUGAAAAACGCCAAACUGAAGAACUGCAAUCUGAGAGGAGCUACACUGGCCGGGACGGACCUGGAGAACUGUGACUUAUCAGGAUGUGAUCUUCAGGAGGCAAACCUGAGAGGCUCCAAUGUGAAGGGAGCCAUCUUUGAGGAGAUGCUGACUCCUCUGCACAUGUCUCAGAGCGUGCGGUAAAACACCACAGUCUUCCACCUGGUGCUUUACAUCACAACAUACACUGCCAGUGCUAUGGAGAGAAAUUAGUCCUAAUACUAGUCACUAAUGCGCGUUUCGUGGUCCACAAGUAAAAACGAGAACAUUUGUGAGUAAGUUAUGGUGUUCACACACGUGUCUGUGAAAUAUUCUGCCUCGACUGCAAUCAACAACUAUUUUCAGGGUCUGUAAUAAUUGAUUAGUUAUUUAGUACAAUAACAUUUUCAAAGAUCGUGAAAAAUGCCUGUUACAACUUCUUCAGAUGUCGUUUUUUUUCUGACCCUCAGUCCAAAACCCAAAGAUACUCAGUUGAUGAUGAUAAAUAAAAGCAAAUAAUCAUAUUUGAGAAGCUAGGUAGGGAAAUUGCUCAUUGAUUUUCUUUCUAUCAACUCACUGAUUGAUGGGCUAAUUCUUUCAGCUCUAAAUUCUAAAAAUAAAUCCAACCCAACUUGAAUAAAUGUCAGUAUUCUACAUACAAUAUAUUACCAACUUAUUGUUUAUUGAUCGAUAACAUUUGGUUUUGAAACGCUUCCGGUGUCUAUGAAUUAGGGUCCCAGUCAUGUCCUUAGUCUUCUCAUAUUGUGUAUCUGCCGACGCUGAGUCUGGUCAGAUGCUUAUAUUUACCUAAACCAUGAAACAACAGCUGUAGAUACUAAAUCUGACACAUCUUAUUUUACAUGAGCUACUUGAUCCAAAUACUGUUCAAUACAGUCAUUGAACAUGAAGGAUAUUGCACAAAAUAUUAAAUAUGAUGUUUCUGUUUGACUGGACGUGUAUCUGUCCAGUUACUUUUCAACCCCUGAAACUUUGGGCUCUGUGUGUUAGAUACUGUAUCUCCCACACGGUUCUUUCUACCUUGACGCACACCGAGUCAAAUCAAAGCCGAGACUUGUUACUGUAAUGUAGUUUCCAUCAUUGUAUUUCAAAUUGAAUUUGCUGAAGAGCAGAGCCUGAAGAACAAAAAAAUGUGCAGUCUAUUUCGGGUUGUCUGCCGUCAGUGGGCUUCAGUCCACAAAAGGUUUUCACAGUUGCUGGUGAAAAUUUCUUGUGUUCUGGGGAAAAAAAAAAAUCCUUUCCCGCAUCCAAAAUCCCCAUAAAUGUGCUGAAGGGUUCGGCGUGUGUGGUUUUUCACAAGCACCUGAAAGCAACAUGCUUUUUGUGGAUCAGAAAAUGUGAAGAGUCUCAAAAAUGUAACCCAGUCCACAGGUUCCAGGUCGUCUGUGCACACAGAUUUGGCCUGUAAAUACGUGCAGCCAACUCCACAUUAUAGUUUUAAACAUGUAUCUGCACAGGAAACCUUUCAGAAGCAAAUUUUGAUCUAUGAACCUGCAGUUUGAAAUAUAAAGGUCAAAUACUGGGUUGUAUUUGUCCGUAGACUGGAAGACUCAGUUGUGAACAUCAUAAUUCACUCAUAAAUCAUCAUACACGUUUGCCGGUCUUCUUUAUUUUACGUUGUGCAUCAGGAAACACACAUUUGUCGGCAGUAUUGACACUCAUUUCGCUCCGUACCCUUCUCCUCUGCCCCUCUCUCCCUUUCAUGAUGACUAGUAAAUGCCAAACCUUGUAUUUUGCUCUGAACCAAACACCAACAAGUGUCGACAGUUUAGAGUUUCAUUUUUAGCAUCCGUCAGAGAUGGACGCAUGCUCUUUAACAGUCUGAAAUAAGGUCUCCUUUUAACAUCCUUUCUGCGUCUUCUUCGGGGAAAUGAACAGUUGUACAGCAGAAACAGGAGUUUGUAGGUUUAUCUGUGGGCUUUUGGGUGUCGUUUUAGAUUGUUUUUAAAGUACAGGUGUUUAACGCAGGUUUAUGAUAUUCAUAAACCUUCAAAACUCAUUUGAUUAGAUUUAAAGUUGUUUAAACUUUUAGUUAAAUGUAGUCAAUUCCAUGCUGAGUCAUGGAAAAAAAUGAAUUUCUGCUUCUUCAGCUUCAGGCUAGAAGCAUUCUGUAAUUUAAAUACCUGCAGUGAAAAGGAAGAUAUUAAAAAAAAAAAAAAACAUACAUUACUAUGCCUCCGCGCCGGCAACAGCCGAGGCCGAAGGCAUGUCCAUCCGUCUGUCCACCCAUCCGUCCAUCCGUCCGUCUGUCUGUCCAUCCCAUUCCCAUGAGCACGAAACCUCAGGAACGCCUUGAGGGAAUGUCUUCAUUUUGGGCACAAAUGUCCACUCGGACUCACGGAUGAACUGAUCAGAAUUUUGAGGUCAAAGGUCACUGUGACCUCCAUAGAAGGCGUUUUUGGCCAUAGCUCAAGAAUUCAUACGCUAAUUAUGAUGAAGUUCACCUAAUAACUUUUAUUAAAUUCCUUCCCUACACACAUUAUAUGGGUCUGGACAGACAUGGGUGUAAACUGUAACUUGACUGGUUGGUGGAGGCAAACAACCACGAGGCAGAUGUUGGGUUUUACAGGAGGGCUUCUGACCAGGCAUUAAAUGGAAGAGGUUGUUUUAUUUUCUCAGAGGAUGAUGAUAGUAACAGUAUGUGAAACAGGCUAUUUGAGACCAAGAACUAUGAACUAUACAAUAUAUUCAGUCUUUGUGGAAUGAUGUGUAUUUGAACAAGCUCCUCCUCCAUCAUAUGUCCUCUGACUGUUAAUAACAGGUGCUAACUGAAGCACUUUUUGUCCUGCUUGUUGUCUUAAUUAUAUUGUGAUAAAGAUUAAAAGCAAAAAUGCCUUGUACAACGAUGCCUUGUUGUAUUAAUAUCUGUAGUUUAUAACAAGAUGUGUAAAACUAAAUUUAACGGUCAGAUGUGUUUUGUUUUGUUUUUUGACACAUUCAAAUGAGCAAAAACGUGUGUUCGGACAUCGUGCUGAUGGUUCCUGUCAUUGGUUUGAUGUUUUUAUAAAAAACCCAUGAUGCUUAAUUAUUACCUUGCCAAGAGAAAACAAAAUAUAUUUUAGUAAAUGUCAGCUCCUACUGAACAGUGGUGUAUGUAUAAUGUU